AUGUCGAAGAAGCUUUUAGACUUCAUCAACAGCAUAUAUGGCCUCUGCAUCAACGGUACCGCAUCGCUGCUCAGCGAUGGAAAAACCCAAAAUUCUCAAGCGCUUGAUCGCGUAUUCAAGAAUAGCCCCAAUAGCCCACCAGCGACCUGUGACGCUGAUCUCGAUCGGCCCAUGGCUGAUGGAGCAACUCAUGACAUUCCAGAAAAUAUGAUGAGAAAUGAUUUUGUGGGUUCUUACAGAGUCCCGUUUGUAACUAUUUAUGAUACGGACUUCAUUUAA